AUGCAAACUAGGGUUGUACAGUUGGAGGAAGGUAAAGAAAAUGGAGUCACGGGCAUUGGCCGAGCCGCACAAAGCAAGGCAUUACCUCGAAAAUUUCUUGUGCUGUUGGGAGUUUUUCUCAUCUUCUGUCUUGCCUUCUUUAUCAGUAGUGUAUCUACUGUCAAGUACUUUGGAAUCCAUAGUGUAGUAACCACUGUCACUUCUAGUUUCGUGCCGUGCAACGAGGAACCGAAGGGACUGGAAAAAUGGAUCAAACCUCCGUCGGAUCUGAUGCACAAAAUGAGCGAUGGAGAGCUCCUUUGGCGGGCAUCUUUCGUGCCUCGGAGGAAAGAAUACCCUUUCAGGAGAGUUCCGAAGAUUGCUUUCAUGUUCUUGACCAAGGGGCCAUUGCCCCUUGCCCCUCUUUGGGAGAGAUUUCUCAAGGGCCAAGAAGGGCUUUACUCGGUUUACAUCCAUUCCCACCCGUCUUUUACCGCCAAGUUUCCGCCUUCUUCCGUUUUCUACCGUAGGCAGAUCCCGAGUCAGGUUGCCGAAUGGGGGAGAAUGACGAUGUGUGACGCAGAGAGGCGGCUUCUCGCCAAUGCACUGCUCGAUAUCUCCAACGAAUGGUUCGUCCUCCUCUCCGAGACAUGCAUACCUCUCUUCAACUUCACCACUAUUUACCGCUACAUAAGCAAAUCGAAGCAGAGUUUCAUCGGCGCCUUCGAUGACCAUGGUCCCUAUGGUCGUGGCCGCUACAAUGACAACAUGGCCCCCGAAGUGGGCAUCACCCAAUGGCGAAAAGGGUCUCAAUGGUUCGAGAUAAACCGAGAGCUGGCAGCCACAAUCGUCAAAGACACGGUGUACUACCCGAAAUUCAGAGACUUCUGCAGACCCGCGUGCUACGUGGACGAGCAUUAUUUCCCGACGAUGUUGACAAUCGAGAAACCGUCCCUCCUGGCUAACCGUAGCGUCACGUGGGUCGACUGGUCGCGAGGCGGAGCGCAUCCUGCGACUUUCGGGCGAGCCGACAUCAAAGAAGAGUUCUUUAGGAGGAUCUAUGGAGGUCACAACUGUACCUACAAUGGCCGGAACACUUCAAUGUGUUAUGUCUUUGCAAGGAAGUUUGCUCCGAGUUCUUUGGAGCCUUUACUUCACAUUGCUCCAAAGAUCUUGGGAUUUUGAAGCAAAGUAGUGAGUUGAAACUGUUCCGGGUUUUGUCUGAAACCUGGAACUCUUAUAGACAUCAUGAAGUUUAUGUUAUGUUACAUAGUCUCUGUUUCCUUUUUGUUAGCUUUGAAGAGAGUUAGUUUCGACUUGUAUAGAUAUGAUAUUGGCAUAUAACAGUUCUUGAUUUUUUUUC